CAGCAGUCCCUUCAUUUUACAUUGUUAGCUCAGAAAUUGACCAGGUUGAGACGCGUCAUCAAUCUUGAAAUGGCUGUUGCUGGGACACGGCAAUGACAGCGGCGGCUGCCCGGGAGAAGCUCACUGAUCCCCCCCGGGAGACGGAGAAAGGAGUCGCGCUGCACUCAAUUGUUGUGGUAAUCCUUGGCAGGCAGCAUUGUGCUCAAUUUCUGCUCCGGUACCAAAACCAAACAAAAAAGCAUAAAUCCAUUCACCUACAAUGCCGGCUGAUCCGUGGGUUGGAACAUGGAGACCUCACCGCCCGAGAAUGGCGAUUGCAGCAAUGUACAGCGGUCCAGGUCCCAAGUACCUCCUGCCGGGACACACAGGUUAUACUGGCCACGAUACAACAACAUACAGGGCUCCUGCUUAUUCCUUGGCCCAACGCCUUCCAGGAGCGAAGGACAGUGGCACACCUGCACCAAAGUCAAUCCCAGAAAAGAUGACUCACCAUGGGAAGGACACUGUCCCUGCAUGGACAAUGGGUCAUCGACCGAGGGACAUUGACCCGAGUAAAACACCAGGGCCAGCAAAUUACCGGACAGAUCCUGCAAAUAGAUUAGUUCACCGCUCUGUUCCAGCCUACUCCAUGGCUUUGCGGACAGUUGGGCUCAAGGGAAGUGAUGGCCCAGGACCUGCACGAUACAAGGAUGUACGCGUAUUUGGGCCGAACAUUCCACAUUUGAAAGCAGCACCUGCUUACACCAUGUCACAAAAAACAGCAUUUGGGAGCAUGCUGAGUAACAUUGUGAAAACUCCAGGGCCAUGUGCAUAUAAACAUGUGGACACUGAUGUAUUCAAAAACAGAGCACCAAAGUACACCAUAGUGGAACGCAAUAUGAUUCCAGGAGACACCACAAUGAAACCAGGACCUAAUCGUUACAGGCCAGAAGAUGUAAAUUUGCAUAAAAACUAUCCCAAGUACACUUUUGGAAUCCAUCAUUCCGACUUCGUUGCACCUCUUAUUGUGACACCCUCGGACUGAGAAUCAACUACACAACCAGCCGCAAUUCCCGGCAUAAUCCUGUAUUGCUAAAAUGUCAAUUGUACUUCUUUUAAAAAAUCUUUCAUUUAAAUACCUGAUUCUUUUUCACCCUGUGUGUGUGAUGUAUAACCUGGAAGCUUUCUUCAUUAUGAUUUUGGUGAUGAAGCUUAACAACCCCCAAUCCCAACAAAUGCCAUGCACUUGUCAAUGUCCCAAGGACAGAGAUUUCCAGGUUAGUUCCAGGUCUAAGUGACAGACGGACUCCAAACGUAUUUACCCUUUAGGAACUCAAGCAGAGAUUCAGCGGUGAUUGUUACUUUUCAUCCUUCAGGUAUGCCAAGUAAUUUUGAGACUGCAUAACCUGACAUUUUCAUGGUCAGGAGGGAAUAGACAAGUGAAUCCUCUGCAAUAAUUUCUUCUUUAAUUUGGCUACUGUAGAUUUGUGUUGGGGAUUAUAAUAAAAAUGGUUCUGGAUGAUGCAGCACAAUUUGUGGAAUGGUGCUUUAAUUUUUUUUUCAGUCUUACUGAUUCAGAUUCAGAUUCAGAUUCAAUCUUUAUUGUCAUUGUGCAGUGUACAGUACAGAGACAAUGAAAUGCAAUAGUGAAGGUAGGCACAGAAGGUGUAUCUGCUUGCCUUUGCAUCUCACUUAGAUCCCAAUUGCCUUUGCAUCUCAAUUGCUGGCAUUAAAGAAGAUAGAUGUGUAUUUAGUUUGGGUAGAAAGGAACUGCAGAUGCUGGUUUACACUGAAGAUAGACACAAAAUGCUGGAGUAACUCAGCGGGACAAGCAGCAUCUCUGGAUAGAAGGAAUGGUUGAAG